UUUGUUUACUUCAGUCUGGUCUGAGCAAGUGUGAUGAGAGGAUUAAUGCCGCUCUCGGUCGAACGUGAGAUGUGAGUGUUUGAAGUGAUUGUAAGUGAAAUCGAAUGAUGUUCCUUGUAGUGUAUCGUAGGUGAGGGAUGAGGCAUUGGGCAUCGUCAUGAGCGUGUUUAGCGAGUUCCAUAAGGCCUGGCGAGCCAGAUUCCCCGGGAAUGAUCUGCCGGCGGCGUGGGAGGAGGAUGUUCGUGCCAAUCUGUCCAAGCAUCGCGCGCGUGUGGCUCUCCUGAAGGAGGAACUGGAGAAGGAACAGUUUUACGUGGAAUACCUGGAGUGCCUGCUGAACGACGUCCAGCUGCAGAAAAGGAAUGAGGGUGACGCUGGCGAGUUCUCGAGCCAACGAGUCGAGGAGGAGGAGCGAGGCCAAGGGGAGGGCAGCGAGGGGGCAGCCCCUGUGUUCCCCGGCGGCGUGGAUUCCGCCGUCACCCAGGCCAUAAACACCAUGAUGGUGCAGCGCCGCGGCCAGCCCAGCAAAGGGCACAUCUCGCCCACCCAGGACGGCGACGAGGCAGAGGCGAAGGAGAGGGAGCCCUCGCAAGGAGAGGAGGCGGCCAAGAGCGAAGGAGCCAAGUCAGCGAUGUUGUCGGACGAGGAGGACGGCUCCCCCCUGGCGCCCAUCACUCCUCUGGCUGCAGCCCCUCCCUCGGGCGGCAGCACCGUCAAGGACCUUGCACGGCGGUUCACAGCUUCAGGCAUGGUGUCUCCUGGCAUGAGCGGCGCAGGACGCCCUCCAGCCUACAACCGCUCCACCUCCGUCCCUGCCUCGUCGGGAGGAUCCGGGGCCAAAGAAUCACAGUUCGUAACUGUCAUCUCCGUGAACGGGGCGGGGCAGAGUGAAGACUCCCGAGGAAGAAAGGUUCCCCCAGCGCCUCCCCCGAAGACGUUUCGCCGGUCCACAGGCGCCGAGGGUGAAGGUGACAUCAAGAUCGUGCCUUCAUCUCCCGGCUUGUCGCGUCCUCCUCAUGCCGCCCCUCGUUCCCCCCAGCGCCCCCGACACCCCUCCCCCGUCAGGGACUCCCAGAGCACCCCAACCAAGAGUCCUUUGCAGAAGACACUCUCCGCCUCGAGCGACGGCCGCCCUUCCUCGGGAAAGGAGCCGCACAAGUCCCCCCAGUCGGGCCGAGACUUGCAGAAGUCACCCUCCAACUCGAAGGAGCUGCAGAAGUCGCCGUCGAGUGCGUCUUCUUCCACCGGAAGUCUUGGCAAGAAAUGCGUGUCGAAGUCUUCGUCCAGUGCUUCCUCGAGCGCCGGAAGUGGGGCUGCUCCUCGCCGCGUCGGCUUGAGCAAGACCUCUUCGUUGUCCUCCUCGAGGUGUGGCGAGGAUGAGGAUGAGGUUGGCGGCGGGUCGGCCUCAGGAGCCUCCCUCGAGAACCUGACGGAUGACGAGCCUCUGUACGACACGGUUGCUCCCGACGAGGACGAGGAUACGGGCGAGUAUGUCCUGCUCUCCGACAAGAGCUCCGAGUACAACGGCACAGACACUCUCAAGUCGGCGGCCUCGGGGGCGUCGAGCGAGGGCGGCCUCAGCAAGUCCGGUGGAGGUGCGUCCUCAGGAGCCACGCCUUCGGGAGGCUCACCUGCACCGGAUCACCCUCCGGACUCCCCGAAAUACUCCAACUACGUCAACAUUGACUUUUUCCUCAAAAAGAAAAAGGCUCGAGGACGACCCGUGCAGCGGAGUGACAGCGUCGAGUCGGACGAGGACGAGAUGCCCAACCUCCUGCGCUCCAUCUCCUCCGACCACGAGGACGAGGUCAGGGACGAGGCCCUCGAUAUUGAUUCAG